UUCUUGUCACCCCCAGUCAUACUUGUAACCCCUAGUCACCAGUCUCCAGAGAGACCUCAAGAUGCAAUGGCCGUGUGGAUGGAGGACUCGCGCAAGGACAGUUUUAAGAUUUGUCUCAAGGAAUCUAAGAUCUUCGAUGGAGUUCACAAAAAUAUCAAAGUUGUGAGUAUUGUGACACUAGCUGUUUUUGCCAGCUUUAAAGAUGGGAUGACGAUCAAGUUACGAGUCUAAAAUGAGGUUAAGUUGAGUAUGAGUAAAGAUUGAGUUAAGAGUGAAUGUCACUAAAAAUCAAAGAAAAUCGGAAAAAUCGCGGUCACGGUCAAAAAUCGAUCUUCGUUCUUGUUUUGAAUGGAGUAAGCCUAAGGUGUGUAAUGAAAUGAGAUGGAAUUAGUUUUUGAAGAUAUUAUUUUGAACGGCUACGGUCAAAAACCGUCUCUACUUAUUAACUCUAUUCGGCUUUAUUCCGUGCUUCGUUGAUCGGCGAAAGCUUGGAUUUUAGUGUUUACUUUUUAAACAGCAGUUUAAGGCCUCACUAGAACAGUUUUUUUUUAAUUAUGCUGCUGAAGGACAACAUGAACAGAUUAAGUUAUCUAUUGUAUGCAAAUAACUUCUGCGUAUAUGUCACCUUUUUUUAAGAACUGGAUGGCUUAUACCGAGGCAUCCUUAUACAACUUCACUUUGAUGGAGAGCCUUGUUUUUGCCAACAACACUACUCAACAAGAGAACCUCGCUUUUUGUCAGGUAAGGUGAAAUGCCGAAGGAUAGCUUGUUUUGUUGUUUUAAGAAAAAAAAUGACUUUCCUUAAGCUUGUUCAGUCAUCAUUCCCUUCUCUUGCAUUGUGUCGUCUUAGGAAAAUGAUUCUUGCCUGAAGUUUCGAUUCAAAAAUUAAACUGGUAUUAAACUUGAUUUUUCAGGAAUUAAUAAAACUGUUGAAUUGACUUGGCCUAUUUUUUAGGUAUUUUUCGCAAAAUUCGCUGUUUCCCAAACGUGAGCAUAGUUCGGCUGACAGUUGACUAAUAGUCUAUAAAUAGAUGAUUCAAAGGUCUCAUUUUUACCGUUCUUCGACAAAUGAAUCUUUCUUAGCAUGCAACAUCACUGAUGUCAUCCACAACAGCUGGAAAUGCCACUCUGCAUUGACUAGCUGGUGGGGUUGACAGGGGCUGGGAAGCCGGGAGAAUAGGGGGCGGGAGGGGUACGGGAGGCGGGAGAGGAAAGGGCGGGAGGUGGGAGUUCAAACGGAGGGAAUCGGGAAAUAUGAAGGAAAAUUUAGCAAUGGUUAAUAUUUUGCAAAGGGCUAAAGGGAGGAAGCCUAGAAAAAAAAGACACGGGAUGCGGGAGAAUUGGACCUCCGGUCCCCCUUCUUCACCAGCUGAGAGUCUGAUGGACACGAAGAAAACCCGACACCCUGUGACCCAGGCCUUGCAUCAGAGUGGGGCUCCUGACAUCAUUUAUGUCUCAUGCUAACAACCUUUGUCUUUCGUUUUUCAGACAGUAAACUUCACAAAUCCAUUCUUUGCUCCUCCGGUGGUGGUUUUGACACCAAAACGCAGUUAUCACAGAAAUGUCAGCUCACUGGGACCUUCAUGCGAUGCAGUGACAGCCUGGGAAGAGGUGACUGAAUUCUCAUGACUUACUUACUUAUCAUUCAAAGCGUAGAUGCUAUAGUUUUUAUAGUUUGGUUUUGUAGUUGGUGCAGUUUUAAUGCUGUUGUUGCAGUUACGUUGUUGUUAAAGGGGCUGUGUCACGGCAGUCCAGUUCAUUUUGUUCAAUUUUGCCAAUUACUCGCCCUCAAUCGCUAUGGAACUUAAAGUAAGCAAAGAAAUUACAUGUAAAUGACAAAAUCAGAGAUUCGAGACAAACAAAUAUGUCUCCUGAGCAUUAUUUUUGAAGUUGCAAACAGCAGAGAUCAACUUUGAAAAACUGUUAGGCUGAACAGUUUUCAAAAACCCCAAUUUCAAUCCGUUUCGAUCUUCUUCAGUUUUGCCCAUCCGUGGCAGCUGUUGUAUCUGUUGUAUUAUUUUAACCUUCCUUUAAUGUUUUAAGCGGUGAUUUUUUACGCUUCUCUUAAUUUAACGGGCAUUUUGUAAUUUCCUAAUUUAGCUGAAUUUCGUGACACAGCUCCUUUAAGUUAGCCGUGUAUUCUUGUGUGGUUUACGGUGUACUUGCUGUAGUUAGUAUAGUAUUGUGGGAUAAAUGCUGUUGCCCAAUCUAACUGCAACCGUGUUUGUGUGCCAACUUAUGAGCAUAAAUAUGGCUUUGUCGUUGUUGUUGUUUUUGCGUACUUAAGUUCGAGUUUUGUUAAAAGCAGGCCCUCGACCCACGACCCACGGCCAACGGCCCACUUCCCGCGUCGGCCCUGCGGCCCGAAGGCCCAACAGCCCGGCGGCCCAGUCCUAAUUUUUCACACACUUUUAUUUUUUGUCUGGUGCUAAAUCCAAGCGCACACAGAGAUAUGCAUCGGGUAUGGGCGAGAAAAGAGGACAACGAUGAUCAGUUUGAAUCCGUCUAUCAUUUCAAUCCUUUCAUUUUGUUGAAAGUCUUGUAUCUGUUUGAUGCAUGUUGUUCUGGCGUUAACAUGUUCGAUUCUCCAUGUAAUCGUCUGUUUACAGGACCCAAUUACGCAAGGCAGUUAUUUUUAAACCACAGUGCAGUGAAAAAUCAUAAAUGAUGAGAUCUGAUAAACUGCGGAUUAUUGGUUGCGUUUGGCAGCGAAUUAGGUUGUCACAUUCUCUGUUUUAUAAUCAAAUGAUUUGACCGUAAAUCUAAAAUGCAAUGUAACUAACAGUUAAUCAGAAAGGUUUUGUAAGGCGAUUUGUGUUUGCAUGCUUUAUUUCUUCUUGCUGAAACUUACUGUUCGUAGUUUCCCAUCGAAAAUAGACUACUCCUUUAACACUCGAAAUGAUGUACUUAAAUAAAGAUUUUUCCGUUCAUUGAUGUGAUCGCUGGAAACUGCGUCCUUUGCGAACACACCCUCGUUUUGGUAUGGGGCUCCUGUAAAUGAACUGACGUAUUGAAGGACAUGUCUCUGCAGGUACAAAAAAGAUCCGCAGUUCUAACAUUUCUUAUCAGCUAUUUAUGAUAUCUUUACGUUCAAACAGUAGUUUGAAAUAACUUUUAAAUGGUUGGAGAAUUAACGUCCUCUUUUGUGCUGUCGCGUUCUGUAAACAGCCGAAUGCAUAGAUACAAUUCAAGUGUAAUCUAUGCAUUCGUCUGUUUACAGAACCCAAAAAGCAGCGUCGUCGUACUUUUUUCUCCCCCAUACCUAAUGAAUUUAUCUGAGCAUGCGCGUGGAUCUACCGCUGGUCAAAAAAUCUGUUAAAAUCAGCGCUGGGUCGUUGGGCGGUGCGGAAGCCGGGCUGCUGCUGGCCCUUGGCCCUGGGCCCUGGGCCACGGGCCUCCUUUAACAAAACCCGUUUGGUUUUCAUAGUUGUUGGUGUUGCUUUAGUUAGUUCAAUUACCGUAUACUUGGUGUCGUUUAGUCUAUGUGUUUCCUGAAUUUGGUGUAGUUGGUGUAGUUAGCGUACUUGUUUUUGGUGUAGUUAAUUGGUGUGGUUAGUGACUAUUUUGUUACAGUCAGUGUAGUUGCUGACGUUUGGUAUAGUCUAUAUUAGUGUCAAGAGUUGAUGUAUUUUAGUGUUAAUCUUGUAGUUGUUUUAGUUGGUGUAGUUUAUUGUGUUUGGUGUAGUUUGUUGUGGUUUGCUUAAUUAGUUGUUGUUUUUUAUUUAGAUCGUGCAAGUUGUCAUUUUAGUUCGUUUAAUUUGUUAUAAUUGCUGUAGUUUGGUGUAGCUUUCUGUAGUUAAUGUUGCUUUUUGCAGUACUUGUAGUUGUCUUAGUUGGUGCAGUUUGUUGUAGUACAAGUUAGGUGCAGUUUUGUGUAGGUUGUUGCAGUUUGGUUUUUACCCUGCGAGCAGAGGCUAUGUCUUCGCGCUAUGAGCUGGCGUGCGAAAGGGAGCCUCUGCCAACAACCGCUCAAAACAUUGUGAUGAGGUUAUAUCCCUGUACAUAUAGAUGUAAAGAGCGUUUUCAACUUGACUAAGCUCUGUCUUUGAAAGCUGUCGGAAUACCAAAACUAGCUACUACGGGUGCUUGAAAUCUUACGGGACACGGUAAAUCGUUAAUUUAUCAGGUGGUAGUUCUUGUUUGCCAGGAAAUGAAAAUGGAUACCUGAGGUGAUUUUUGUUGUGCCACCUCUAAUGCAAAAGCACCACUUGAAGACAUAGAUGGAAACCGUAAAGUUGUAAAGGGGUAAAAUGUACUUACUUUAACUUUCAAAAGAAUCAUCGAUCAGUUUUCUUUUGGUGGAAAAAGAAGAAAAAACUUUUUUGUUGAGAAAUUUUUCGUCACGGACUUCAGCCUGGUUGGUUUCUUCGCGGUGGAGCGCACUGUUGUGGAAAGAAACCAAAGCAGCAGAGUUUUUAAAGAAUUUUCAGGUACAUUUUACACAUAAGUAGUGAAAGGAAUUCCGUUUUUAAAUGGGACUUUAUGUAUUUAUACUUGUUUCAUGGAUGUUUUACACAUUUGACUUCAAACUGAAAUAAAAUUUAUAAAAUGCGCCCCGGUUUGAGACGGAUUUUGGCGUUGAAAUUUAAAGUCAUUGGCCACUUUUAAUUGGGUGAAAGGAUCCACGAUCCACUAAGUGUUACGCGAAUUGCUUUUAAGGAAGAAAAUUGAGGGUUUUCGAAAAAAUUUUUCGGGAAAUAAUUUCUCUGACUAUUGUUGUCUUUGUUCAUUCAUAACAUUAGUUUAAAACACAGUCGUUAGACUACAUCACUUCUGCGUAGGGUUGUCGGCGAAUUUGAACACAACUAUGGUUCACUAGUUAUUAUAGAUUGAAAAUAAGAAAAUUUUGGACAGCUUAUUUGCACUCUAAAUUUACUGCUUAAAUGGUCAUCCAACUACCGUUGUUUAAAAUGAAAACUUCGUGAAAACGCGCAGGUGGAAUUAUUUGUCGUUUACGUUUUGCCGUCUGUCCUCUUUGAAUGAGUUUAUGCUCCGUAAAACUUUUUAGAACAGUUUUCCAGCUUUUGAUAGGUAGCAUCAAUGCGUCUUUAGCAAUUUUUACAAAGGUGUUAAGACGGUUUAACUCUCGCUUAAAAACGUCUUUAACAUGAGGGUAUUACUACCAUAAUAAGCCGAAAAACUGCCGUUUGGAUUGAAUGUGCUUCCCGCAAAGCAGACAGGACUUCCUUGAAAAGACGAUCCGAGAAAAUUAGCGGUGUUUUUUUUUUCUUCGGCAAAUUCUUGGCCAAAACUGACUUAAAAUCAGAGGGGGAUAAACAAAGAAAAAAAACAAAAGCUUGAGCAGAGUUGUUCGUAAGUUUGAUUCCUGCGAAUUAAACUCUCGCAGAUUUGACGACAGAAGUGACGAUUAUUUUGCAUGCACGAAAAAACAUUUAACGGUUGUUGGCAGAGGCUACUUUUCACACGCCAGCUCAUACCGCGAAAAUGUAACCUCUGCUCGCAGGGUAUUUGGUUUUUUGAUGCUGGGCAAGAAAUUAUUGCCAAGCAGUCACGUGUUUGGAACAUGCAAGAUUCAGAUCUUAAAGGGGCUGUGUCACUAUAGCUGUUUUCUUCAUUUUGUUCAUAAUGCCAAUUACGCGUCCUCAUUUACUAUCGAUGGAACUUGAGACAUUACUUGUGAAUGACCAAGUGACAGCUUCGUGUCAAACAAAUAUGCCUCCCAAGCAUUAUAAUAAACACUACAAACAACAAACAUGAACUUUGAAAAACUGCUAGGAUAGCAAGUUUUCAAAAACCUCACUAACAACCCGUUUCAAUCUUCUUCACGCUUGUCCAUCCGUGCCUCCUUUUGAAUUUUCUAUCUUAUUUAUACCUUCUUUUGACGUUUUGAGUCGUUAUUUUGAUGUUUCACCCGAUUUGUUGGCAGUUCCCACGGUUUGAAUUUUUAUAAAUUUCGUGACACAGCUGCUUUAGGGCCUGUUUACAUGGAGUGGGGGACCCCGGUCUAGUGGGGUUGGUUUCUUUUGUUUUCACGCUCUGGGGAACACAAAACAAAAGAAACCUACCCCACUAGACCGGGGUCCCCCACUCCAUGUAAACAGGCCCUUAAAUACUUUAAUGGUGAGUUUUCGACACGACUUGUGUACUUGAAGUGUACACUCCGAAUAAAUACAUUAUGUCCUACUCGAGUAUGUAUGUACAGUAACUGUAUAUGGGAAUACAAACAAUGCUAUUAUACAAUACGCGCUGAUUAGGCUUAGAAGAGACAAUGCAUUGCUGCACAAUACUGCACAGGCUUAUGUAACAUGUUACAGGACUACAAGCGACCCAGGCGUAUAAGAGAAUGUAGUGGAAGAAACUAAAGAUAUCCUAAAUUCUCUCUUUUGAAAAUACUCGUACUUCAAUAAAUUACUUACUUUGUGUUUGUGUUGUGUCACGCUUUUACCAUCUGUUUCCUUCAAGAGCAAUUUCGAAGCCAUUUUGCUAAGUAUGAGAUUUUAAGUUGUUGGAAGUACAACUGGAAAUCUCUUUAAAAGCGGCUCAUAAAUGGCUCCAGAAGCUAAACAGAUAGUAAAACGACACAACAUAAACACAAAGUAAAUCAUAUUCAUAAUUCGAAUCUUUUCAAAAAGUGCAGAAUUUGGGAUAUCUUUUGUUCAUUUCCAUACUUUACAUAAUUUGUAUACAAUUCAAAUUCAAGCGGUUAUCACAAAGUCUGGGCCGCUUGGGUGAACUGACUUAAGGUAAAAGUCAUCUUUGAGCAACUAACUAGGUCCGCAAUUGUUAAAAGGGCCGACAGUAACCAGAAAGGCGACCAAAGAGUCCACUAUUAACGAUGUUAUCAACUUAUGCUGUGACAAUUAUAAUUUUAUCCUUAGUUUACCUCCACAAAGGACAUGGAGAUUUGCAUCAAAAGCUACAACAGUUACGAAAGCUUAAAGAACAUAAUCACAGUCGAUUACUUGGUAAUUGGGGGUAAGACAAAAACGUUCCACGGUCUCUUUCCAUGGGUGACAAGAUAAAAUAGAUAAACUAGCAGCAGAAAUAGAUAGGGGAGAGUUAAACUUUAUUAUUCCGAACAGUUUUGUGUUUGGGUAAACUAUGCCUCUAUACUUUUUGUUACGAUAUGGUAUUGCAUUAAUACGGAGAUUAGGAAAAGGCCUCAUAUUGCCUCAAAGUAGAUGUCCGGUAUCGAGUAGUACUAGUGUGACAAUGGUGACCUUUAGCAUCUGAUGCAAACCACAAACUGCAGUUUGGAGUUAUGCGUUUGCAGUCUCUCGUUGCCUGGAUUACAAAUUUUAGCAAGGUGUUCAUUGUUUAGUGUCUCCAUGUUGUUUUUCGUCAAGUUGAAGUGAAUCACUUUUAUCGCCCAAAACAGGAAUAAUUUAUUGAUUCGAGUUCAAAAAUCUAACUAGCACAUAGAAGGAAGAUACAGAAAGCUACUUCUGCCGUUAAACGUGAGCUGUACAAUAUUUAGUGGCAAAAAACCUUGCCGUAGAGUCACUUAGCGCUGGAAGCCGUUACUGCCGUUCGAACAUGAUCUGCAAAUUAACUGCAAAGGCACGCGACAGCAAGACCGUGGUCAUGUGACAUUCUCAGGGGUUUUCCAUAACAAAAAAAAACUGUUGAUAAGGGUCUCUAAUCCCUCUCUCUACAACCGUCACUACGUUUGCUCUAUGAAUUUACUGAGCUUCUUUAAAUUGACUGUGACUUUUUCUCAUUAUGAUGCUAGACUUGGAUCCUUGCAUUGAAGUGACAUGCGGCCAAUAUGGUUAUUGUAAGGCAAUUGGACCCCAUGAUGCUCGUUGCGUCUGCGUAAACAGUUGUCCCUCCUAUCAAGAACCAGUUUGUUCUUCAAACGGCACCACUUAUGAUAAUAAAUGCCUGUUUGAACAAGAAAUGUGUUUUCUGCAGCUGAACUUCACGAUACAGCAUCCUGGUAGCUGUGAAGGUUAGAUCAAUUAGAUUUGCUUUGUUUUUUGUUGCUACGCUGUGGUUGGCAUAUUGUUCUCCUCACUGAUAGUAUCGUAGCAAAUUGGUGGAGCAAAAAAAAUCUUAAUUUAGAUGGUUACAGUAUAUCUUCUGAUUGUUAUACGGUUUGAUUAAGCGAGUUGAUCACGCGGUUUUGACUCUACUAUGAAGGAGGCUUUGCUAAAAAAAGAUCAUUAGUUUGUUUAUCGGCAGCUUUUGUUUUUUACGAGAGCUGCUUUGCCCAAAACACUCUUUUGUCCUUUUUAAAAACUUUGAAUAGAUAACUUACUUCAAAGUUAACAGAGUUAAAUAGUUAUAAAGCCCGUCAGACUUCUUUGUUUACAUGUUUUUGUAGACCUGACGGUGCAAAACCCUCAGUAGUAUUCCUAUCAUUUCGAUCUUGUUGACCAAUAAAAACGUAGUACUGAUUUAUUCAGUCACAAUUUGCGAACAGAAAGCAAAGGAUUGUGCACCUUCAGGGAGCUUCUAAAAUAAACUGCAGCACCGUUGUUUUUAUCUUUGAUGUUUGACGCCUUUCAUAACCAGUCUCUUGUACUAACUAUGGUUCUUGGGAGAGUAACAAAGGCAGUGGCAGAUCGGAUAAGAGAAUAAUAAUAGACUGCAACUAUGCCGGUCAGCCGGGGAACUCCUCUCUUGAGAUUCUUCAGGGCGUGAAGCCAUGUUAUGACACUUUUAAUAAUAUAGAUGCAACCAACAAUCCGUGAUAGGUAGUGAUUAGGUAUUUAACAACCUCGAUAUAUGUGCCACUUGUGGCUCCCCCAACUUUUAGAACGAAGAAAGUCAAUGUCAGCCCCUCGUAUCUUAAGGGUGGGGAUUAUGUUCUUACUUCAGGCAACAGCUUGGAUCUGGGAGACGAUGUGGGUAUUAAGAGAAGAAAAUGUUUCUCGCUCUAUUUUACCUGGCUGUUAAAACAUCCCCAAGUUUAACGUUUACUCUUUUUCUUUAGGAUUUACAACCUAUUUAUUUUCUUUAGGAUUUUCUUUACAGCAUGGUCGUCGCAGCAUGCCGCACACUCCCUCCCUGGGGUAUUCAUUUUGUCAAGUUAUACGUUUGGAACCCUUUAUCUUCUAUCCUGACAAACCCAUUGAAGCUCAGAUAACUGUCAAUCACCAGGAUACCAGUGACAUGUCUUAUGUUCAUGAUGCCUCUGUAUCGUGGGUUGAGAAUGUGAAUAACGAUAAAUUUACCGCGUGUGUGAUGACAGCAGGUUUAAACGAGCGAAUGUCUUAUUCUAACGUGACGGUAGACUGGCUGGCUUACCAAGGCGCUCCCGUGGGUGGGGUAGCAGGAGUACGGCGCAUUUCACAGUGGUGGACUGGGACGACCUGCGAGACUGUCAAUUUUCCUUCGGUU